UGUUUCCCAGUCUGGGGCUGUGGUUGGCCACAUGGAUCACUUGGCCCACUUUAGUUGUUUCUCUCGGCUGUUAGAUGUUCUUGUGGUUUCUGUUGACUGGACUUUGGGAAUGUUGUGCAAACGUGGGCCACAGCACUUGUAUUUGGAAAAGAAAAUUCAAAAAGAGUGAUUUGUGAAGAUAUUUUUUCAAGGCCAGUCUUUUUGUGUUUGAAAGUCACCUCCCUAUUAUUGGUCUCAGUCACAAGUUGGGGCUGGUGGACAGUUUAAAUCGUGCACCUCUUCAUGGCAGACUCCUACCAUGUGUGCAGUUUGACCUCAACAAUGAUCUAAGCAGUCAUGUGGCAGCCAACCGUGGUGUGUCUGACAGCCAGCAGCUCCAAGACAAUAUCCAGCACUUCUUCACCCACGACCUUCCAGCUGCUCCAGGACUGCUGUGCACUCACCCCCCAACCACCCAUCUGCACCCUGCCCUCCUGCACCACAUUCCUGACUCUGAUUGGCAGAGCUGUGUUAACAAUCAGCACACUGCAACCCUGAUCUCCCCAGAAAACCUGGUUGUUUGUAACAGUACAAAUCUCAGUUCAUACAGCACAGGUGGCAGGAGUGUGAGUGGUGUGAUCUGUGGGGUUGUAGCCACUGGUGGUGUUGAAGGUAUCCAUCAAGUGAAAAAUUCCAGGGAAGUACAGUCAUCUGAAGAAUUUGUUAUACCUGAUCUAAGUUGCCCUCCUCCAAGUCACGGCAACAGGAACAACUUUUGUGUUGGGGUUCCAACCAGAAUGGUGUCAUCUCAUUCUGUGCAACCAGCUGUCACUGUUACAAGAGGGGACAAGAACAACAACAGCAGUAGCAGCAGCAACUACAACACUAAAGGCUCCAGCAAGACUGGGAGCCACAGUCAUUACAACAGUAGCAAUAGUAGUAAUAGCAGCAACAAGAACAAAGGCACAAGCGCUAAGAGGCCACCAGAACCAGAUAGUAGUAUUGACAGGAGUGAGUGUGAGCAGCUCUCCCAACCCAUCCUAAAGUAUGACGUGGAAGUGUGUUUGCCAGUGUGCCCAGGGGAGGAAACUAGGCAGUCUAGACAGAAACAGCCACUUCCCAGCCAAGCAGUUAAUGCUAAGGAGGUUGAAAAACUGCUGCAAGAUGCCCUGUGGAAGGGCACCCAAAAUGAGGAGAAAAGAGAUAAUGUUGCAGAGGCAACCAGUAGUGGAGGCUGUGACACUGGGUACUCCUCCCGUUGUUCAACCCCUCCUGGAACCCUGAGUUUACCUCCGGAGAGUGUGCCAGACACAUCAAACACUAAACAGGAUACCAACACUCUGGAGCAGCGAAGUUGUUCACCCAGUUCCUACAGCACCACCUCCCAGGGGUCACACCGCACCCCCCGGCAAAAGCGUAGGCACAAUAGCAAUGGCAGUACCUCCAAUAGCUAUAGCAGCAGUAGUAGUUGUAGCAGUAGCACUGCUGACCAUCAAGAGUUUCACAAGAAUUACCCUCAGCAGUACCACCAUCCAAGUCACCAAGUCAAACCCAUACACAAUAACCAGUUUAAUCAGUAUCACCAUCACAGUCAAGUUAAUGGUGGGGGCUUUGGGGGUAACCAAUACUAUAGUCACCACUAUCCAAACAACUUUGUUGUGAGGGACUGCUCAGCAUACCAGAACCGCAGGUAUGAGAGAAACUACAAUAACUAUGGCCACUACAAUAACCAUUAUGGGAGAGACUAUGGCUACCAUAACACUGGGGGGGAGCUGCCACACUAUGGCAAGUACAAUCAGGGUCGGGGGUAUCACAACAGAUACCACAAUAACCACCAUAACAGUGGAUACACUCAAAGAAAUGAAGCUGCCUGGGACAGAAGUGUACCAUUGGUUGAUCGUGCUGGGACCUUCAGCUGUGAGUUAAAAGGGGACCCACGAUGGAAGUGUGAGGUUGUGGACACACCCAGCCAGCUGCUAAAUGGCUCAGAGUGGGAUGGCCUAUCACAGCAGGUGUGGGACUUUUUCAAACAACAUCAGCAAACAAACAAGACAUUUAAUCAGAAGCUGAAGCUGAAAGACAAGGUCUUGAAAGCCAUACGGAAUGUUCAUUGGGUCCAGGCUGUUAUACCAAACUGCCGAUUAUAUGUGGUGGGUUCCUCACUGAGUGGGUUUGGGGCUGACUGGAGUGAUGUGGAUAUGUGCCUGAUGGUGGCUGGCCGAGACCUGGAUCAGCGCACUGAAGCAACUGCCAUCCUACGCAUCCUCCAGCGGGAGCUCCAUAACUGUUCAUUUAUUGAGAAGAUGGAGCUUAUUCGGGCAAAGGUGCCAAUCCUCAAGUUCCGAGAUGCCCAAACUCAAGUUGAUGUGGACCUCAACUGCAAUAACGCUGUUGGAAUCCGCAACACCCACCUUCUUAAUUCCUACUCUCAGUUGGACUGGCGGGUGAGGCCCCUGGUUCUGGUGGUGAAGCUUUGGGCCCAGCACCACAACAUCAACAAUGCCAAGAACAUGACCAUUUCCUCCUACUCUUUAGUGCUCAUGGUAAUUCAUUACCUCCAGAAAGGUGUGGAACCCCCAGUGCUGCCAUGUCUUCAGAAGAUCUUCCCCGAGAAGUUCCGUGCUCAUGGACCAGUUACUAACAUCAAUGUCACGGAGAAGAUGCCCGUUUUUACUUCUAAGAACACACUCAGUUUGGGGCAGCUGUUCCAUGGCUUUUUAGACCAUUUUGCUAACAAAUUCAAAUUCACUUUACAUCCCACAUCAUUUGGGCAAGAGCCAGCAACUGACAUCAACAGCCAUGUACAAAAUUGGUUUAUUGAGGAGACAAUCUCAGUUCGGACAGGAGGAACGGUACCUACUGCUCACUGCCGCUCAGUUCCUUCCAGCAAAAAUGAUUCCCGAAUGUGGAAAUAUCUUUGCAUUGAAGAACCAUUUGAUCUGACAAACACUGCUCGAUCUGUGUAUGAUGAGGAGGUGUUCAAGAGAGUGCGGAAAGUGUUCAUGGACUCGUACAAGCUCCUGGAUGAGUCGAGAGACCUAACUGCCAUCUUGGGUGAGACAAAGCAGUGAAAGUACAGAAGCAAGUUAUACCUUUUUUCAGUCUGCAAAGGUAUGGAUGUCAGCUUCUUGAAGAGCCAAAAGAUGUAGCUCACCAGUUCAUGGGCUGACUUAAUUUGCUGAAGAGUCCAAUGGUGGAAGACACUAAUGGAUAAUAAUAAGUUCAUGUGUAACGUGAUUGUUAAGUGUACGAAACUGCUUAUGAACGUGUGUUCCACUUGAACAUGACUAAACAGGGAGCAAAAUGGCUUGAUGCACCACUUGUCAGGCCAGUGACCUCCGUUUGUGCCUGAAGGAGACAUUUAAUGCAUUACUAAGCCAAACACUUGGACAAUUAUGCGAGUGUUUCAAAGAGUAUUGAUGUAAGUCAACAUGUUCCUAUAUUUUCUCAAUAUACACAGCAUCUAAAUAUGAAUAUGGUCAGCAGUAUUUUGGAUGAAUAUGUAUUUGAUUUCGUGAUGACAUGAUGUUUUAAAGGUAGUCGCAAUGUUAACAAAGAGAGAGAGAGAGAGAGAGAGAGAGAGUAGGGGGGGGGGGGGGUUAUCAAGCUUCUGCCUCUAUGAAUUUCCACUGUCAGUCUUUAUUUUCAGUAGUUCAUAUAAAUUGCUUUGAAUAAAAUAAAGUAAUACAAUACAUCUCAGCCAACUAGUAAUGAUCAUAUCACUACUACACAAACUUUAGAACUCAACACAUAUUAUAUCCUUUGAAAGCUUGUGUCACUUCAUGUCUGACGUAAGCAAGACACGAAUAAGUUACCUGAUUUACUGACAACUUGUUAUGGCCAGUGAAAGUUUCUACCUCUUUUGUGUCUGGGCAAGAUAUGUCAAGAGCUAAACCUGAAAUGAUGUCUGCAUUGUGUUCCUGCAUCGGUGUCAAUAUGAUGUUGUUUAUGGAGAAAAGCCUUGCCCAGUAUAUUGUGGUGGAGGAAAGUGAUGGGUUUACUGUAGAUUAUUAGGCAAUAUGUACAUGAUUUUAUUAUAGCAUGUGUUAUUCAGCAAAUAAAAAAAAGAGAAAAAAACUAGAGGUUUUAUAUUGUGAAUCAUUUUCUGAUUUUUUUCUUUGUAACAUAAAAAUGGAUGUGAUAGUACUUAAAUUAUUUUAGUAUUAAACUUAAACACACAAAACAAUUAUAAAAGGACACAAACUGUUAGUAUGUUUUGUUUAUGAAGUUAUGAUUUAUGUUUCUUGUUAUAUUGUCAGUAUUGUAACUGGAUCAGUGUUGAGUCACACUAUAGUCAGUUCAUCCAAGUCUGAAGUGUGCAUUAUUGUGCAACGGCAACCUGCAGCCACAAGGCAUGUCCGAUUUCGUGGAUACUGUAUGCUAGCCUACGCACAGUAAACAGUCAUCAGUGUCAAUAAUAUGCAGGCAGCAAUAACAAAUACCGUCAGUUAUAGUCAAUUAUGAGUUUAAAAAUAUUAGCAUUGUCGCAAAUAGCUGUUUUGUUAAUUUACAAGAUCGCUGAUUAUGUUUAUUAAACAUCCUUGAAGCUGUCCACCAUCGAGAAAAAUUAGCAGGCUUUAUAUUAAUAACACAGCUAUUUGCGACAUUACUAAUAUUUUCUAACUCAAAAUUGACUAUAAUUGACAGUAUUUGCUAUUGCUGCCUGCAUGUUAUUGACACUGACAACUGUUUAGUAUGAGUAGGCUAGCAUACAGUAUCCGUGAAAUCGGACACGCCGUGUGGCUGCAGGUUACCGUUGCACGAUAAUCACACUUCAGACUCGAGUGAACCGACUAUAGUGGAGUUUUCUUGCUCAUCGUGUGUUCAGUAGAAAAGCUUAUAUCUUUGAUCUUGCGAAUUUGUUUGUACAAGAGUGGAGUUUAGUGGGCCACAUGGCAUGCAUGUAAUAGAAUGUGACUGGAAUAUCGCUGCUGCAAAUCUUUGAACUUUAUUGAGUUAAUAUCACAAAGUGAAGUUUUAUUUUUUGAUUGGUUAUGGGAAAUAAAUAAUUUUAUAUUUUAGUUUAAUUUUAAGGUUAAUAUUUGGAUUAUGUGUUUAAUGUUUAUGUGAGAUAUUUCAGUUUUGGAGUGACUUUUUAGGCCUUUACUAUUUUGGAUGUCUCAGCUGUCAUCAACUUGUGUUAUGAAGGACCUGUCCAGUGCAGCUUGGAGGAGCCUGCUGGCCCACAAAUUCAGGAACAUCCAUAAUAUCUAACCAACUCUUCAAACUUAUUUUAAUACAAACAAGAUAGAUAUCACAUUGUCUUGUAGAAAUCUCACAGGUCUAUAUGUGGAGAGGAUAGGAGAGGUGAUGCCAGGAAGCAGCACCACCACCACUAUGGCCAAGAUGAUGAUGGUUGGAGGAGCUGUGGUGGUGAUGGAGGUGUGUAUUGCUUCAUUGCUGCACUUCAUCAGACAGUUCAUUCCAAAUGAUAUACAUAACAUUGAAAUUCAGUAUUAUGCACUUAAGCAUCCUGCCAGUGUAUUUACAUAGUAUGCUCAUGUAUGUAAAUAUUGUAAGCUCAGUAUUCACCCAAGAGAAAACCAGAAAAAUUCUUGUCAUUUUUUGCUGAAUAAAUGGCUGUCCCUGUUCCAUAUAGUUCUUACUGUGAUUAUAUACAUGAAAUAUAUUUUAUAGAUGUAGAUAAAAGUCAAUGAUAAUACUUUUGUUAUGAUUCUAGGCAGGAUCAAACAUAAUGUAAAUAAAAUCUUGUUUGUAUUGAUACUGAAACAUGAAUAGAAUGACAGAGCUCAAUUCAUGAGAAACUUUCUAAUGUGUUACUGGAAAGCUACAGUACUUAGCCAUGCCCAGCCACUGACAAUAUUGUAUGAUAUCCCCCAUUUCUGUACUCCUGACAAUCUUAAUGUGUGAUGUUAUUUUGUCCUCUGACAAAUAGUACACAGAGGAACUGCCUAACUGCUGGAUAUGCACUUUUCACACAUCUUUUAGACCAACAGUACAUGCCUGAUACUUUUUGACCUGGUUGUAUGAAACAGUAAAGAAAAGUAAGGCCAAGUGAUAUUAAUGGUGAGGUGUCCACACAGGCAUGUGUGUUUUGAGUUCAGAAUAAGGUCAAAAUGCUAUCUAUCAGGUUGUUUUCAUCAGUGUAUUCACACAAGACUUAUUUAUUUACUGCUGCUGCAUUUAGGCAGCAUACUGAGUGAGGAGCAAGCCAACAAGCUGUGUCAGUAUCAUUCAUCAUACCUCAUUAUCUCGGUACAUAUUGUAUCUGAAUUGUGAAGGUUGUAGAUGGCUAGUGUUAAACUACAAAAUAGCUAUUAAAUGAAUUCAUUCCAUUGUUGUUUCAACAGUGAGUGGCUCUUUCCUUAAUGACUAUGUUUUCUUCAGGAGUCCUUUUCUCAUGUGAAACAGACAUGUUGCUGCUUUUAAUUCAGAAUGAAGGUAUUGACAGCUUAUGCUUUUUUUUUUUUCUAAUGAAAUUAAGAAACUAGGUUGUGCCAAAUAUGUUGGGCUGUGUCCAAUGAAAGGACCCAGGAUGUUAGGUGUGGCUGACUCAUGAUGGAUUUGGUGAAGUGGCAUCACUUUUUGGGAGAAGGCUUCAACAAUUGCUCAUUUUGUCAUAACUUUCUUCUGUUUACUAUAUUACAAACUGUUCACUAAUCUGCUUGAUUAGAGUAGUGAACAUAGCACAGGACAAAAGUUACUUUUCAUGAAUAUUGAGAUGUAGAUCUGUUUCUUGGGCAGUAGUGUGAGUCAUAAGUACAUUUUUCUUGCUGAUAUAUUAAGUGCCUCUCAAGAUAAAAUAUUUUCUUAUUCCACUUACCCUCAAGGAUUAGUAUAAACUGUUAAAUAUAAAUGGGGUCAAAGCUGGCAGUGUUGUGGAAGGACAUAGAGAUGUAUCCCAACACUGGUAGCCUAGCCCUGAGCAUUACUACAUUACAACUAAGGGUUGGACAUCAUACCCAGAUAGCUAGGUUAGUGGUUUUACAUACAAGACUGAUAAAUUGCAGUAUUUCAAGGUGUGCUUUUAAUGUCAUCUGGAAACAUGAAAGUAAUAAAAACAUCAUCAGGUUAUUAUGAAAGUGUGGACAGUGUUUUAACCUACUGUAUAAUAGAAUUGUUAAAAAGAUGUUUUGUGUUUAGUCAUUAUUAUUUUUGUAAGUUAUAAUGCUAAAAAAAUCUGCUUGUUUGGAUAUUUGUGGUGAUAUUAUACUUAGCUCAUGUUUUGAUUGCCAUUGUCAUGAAACUGGCAUACAUGAAGUACAUUUUUAUUUAAUCAGCAUCAGAAGGUAUAUUUUCAGACAUUCCCAUAAGGCACCUGUGACAUACAGUUUUUAAAAUAUGAUACAGAGCACAGUUAGUUAUAACUAACUUCAUCAAUUCCAUCUUUGAUAAUAUUUAUCAAAAGCUGUAUGAUGUAGAUGAUUAGAUAUUUUGAUAAUGUCAACAUCUUCAUAGGCACUCAAAUCUCUUCAUGCCUUAGUUGUCCCCCCAUCUGCAUGACAGGCUGCCAGUAUCUUGUGAGGAUGUAGGUGUCAUUAUUGCCUUUGCUUUUCAUUGUCACUCAGUCCUGCACCUGUAUAAUAGCUUUAAAAAAAUUAAACACCAAGUAAACGUCUCUAAUAUCAUCAUUCAAAAUAAAUUCAGGAAUCUCCAAAUAAAAUUCAAAGCUACAGUAGCUUCUGAUGUUACUUGAAGUAAAUAGUAAAUUUGCACAUGUCUACUGCAGCAUAGACAGAUUUUUACUGCUAAAAGUGUACUAAAUGUUAGAUUGAAAGUUUUACAUAUUUCUUAAGCUUGACAUGUAUCUACAUGAGUGAUAAUGAACCAAGUUUGAAAUCCUGCCAAGAAAAAUUCAAGCCACCUAGAAGUGACUGUUAGCACUGCAUUCCUCAGACCCUCCUUUAGCAAAUUGGGUCAAGCAGCUUGGUGUGUGGGCUCCUGCAAUGAGGUCAUACUCCAGCUGCUAUGCCUCACAAGUACAAGGAUUUCCAUUGUUUACUUUUGGUGCAGUUUUUUGCUAGACGCAAGUGUCGUGCAUUCUUGUAGGCCACAAUACGCCCUACUUACAAUAAAGGUAAAAUCCAUA